GUGAGUCAAUUAUGAUCCAAUUGUGUGAAGAAUUCUUAUUAAUUUCUUCAUCAAUCACAAUUACAUUGUCUUCAUCGAUCACAAUUAUAUCAUCUUCAUCUAUUACAAUUACAUUAUGUGAAGAAUUCUUAUUAAUUUUUCAUUGA